AUGGAUUCGGGGGAUGAUGACUCUGUUUCAAAGAGGAGGACUAGACAACAAUCUAUUAAGAAAAGGGCCAAGUUAAAUAAGAAGAGGAACAGAUUGAGUCGAAAGACUUGUUCUGUGAAUGUGAAUAGUGGAGAGGAUGUUCGUCGUGGGAGGAAAAGAAAAACGGUGGAGCCUUCGCGAGGUGACAAGAGAAAAUCAAAGAAUGCAAGGGUGGUAAGAAAUGUGGGAAACAAUGGGAGGAGGAAGUUUAGUCCAGGAACUUGUGAGUCCAUCACGAAACGGCCUUUCAUCGAGGAAAUGUCUGAUGAUGAUUCUGAGGAGGAGAGUGAUCCUGAUUUCGUUAUCGUUGAGGAGGAAGAGGAGGAGGCUGUAAAUACGUCAGGAUCAUCGUCCAAUGUUGGGUUAACGAGUCCUGUGUUGAAUGCAGCAGAGGAGGUUGUUUCCUCUACCUCAAGCAUGUGUAGCACAAAUGAUGAAUCUGAAGACUUGACUGAUACAACCUCAUUUUCUGAGUCGGAAUUUGAAUCUUCAAGUGAUGAUAUUGAUAGUGAUGACCUCAAAGACAAGAAUAACCGGGUGGUUGAAUCAUCGAGUUCGGAUGAUAUAAGCAGUGAUUUUGAUGAUGAGGAAUCAGAACAGGAUGAUCGGAGCUAUUCUAAAAAAAAAGAGGAAAAAAGAAGUCAAAUCGGGGACUAUGAUGAUUCCAAAGACAAGAAUAACCGGGUGAAUGAAUCAUCGAGUUCUGAUGAAAUAACAAGUGAUUCUGAUGAUGAGGAAUCAGAACACGAUAAUAUGAGCUCUCUUAAAAAUGAUGAAGAAGGAAAAAAGGAUUCAAAUCGAGGACUAGUACCUCAACGUGUUGUUGAGGGUGAAAAGCGCAAGAAAGGCCGAGCAUAUAUUUUUCCGCCACGCUCACUUUCUAAGUCCAAAAAGAAGAAGUUAAACCAUGAAAAUUGUAGUAAAGCGACUCUUCUUAUUGAUGACCCCAAAGACAAGAAUUACCGGGUGAUUGAUACAUCGAGUUCUGAUAAAAUAAGAAGUGGUUCUGAUGACGAGGAAUCAGAACAUGAUGAUCUGAGCUGUCUUAAGAAUAAUGGAGAAAAAAAGAAGUCAAAUGAGGAACUUGUAUCUCAGCUUGUUGUUGACGGUAAAAAGCACAAGAAAGACCGAGCAUAUAUUCUUCCGCCACACUCACUUUCUAAGUCCAAAAAGAAGUUAAACCAUGGAAACUGUAGUAGAUCGAAUCUUCUUAGUGAGGCCCCCAAAGACAAAAAUUACCGAGUGAUUCAAUCAUCGAGUUCUGAUGAAAUAAGAAGUGGUUCUGAUGAUGAGGUAUCAGAACAUGAUGAUCUGAGCUAUCCUAAAAAUAAUGAAGAAGGAAAAAAGAAAUCAAAUGAGGGACUAGUAGCUCAGCUUGUUGUUGACGGUGAAACGAACAAGAAAGGCCAAUCAUGUAUUCUUCAGCCACGCUCACUUUCUAAGUCGAAAGAGAAGAAGUUAAACGAUGGAAAUUUUAGUAGACCGAUUCUUCUUAGUGAUGACGAGGAGUCUAAAUCCUUGUCUGAAGAGGACUGUGAGGUUGAUGACUCCGCGAAAAAUAUUGUUCAAAAGGAUGUUACUCAAAAGACUCGGAAGAACACUCUUGAAGAUUCUGAAUUUCUGAAGUUUGUUGUUGAUUCUAUAAUAAAUGUUGAUGAUCAUGAUAAAUUCACUCCUCAAGAGAAGGAACUUGUUCCUGUCAAAGAAACACUUCCUUUAGUAUUCCGAUUUGAAGAUGAGGAACCUCUCCCCCCGGAGAAAGAAGAAUGGGAAAAGGAAAUCGAAAAUCUUUUUGUUGAAAUGGACAUGUGUAUCUUAGAAUCAGAUAUUGGCUUUACGAAUCAAUCUGUUUCGCUGAUGCAGGAUGGAGACAUAAGUGGCUGUGAGAUGGGGAACCACCAUCUUGUGCUAGAUGAACAAAUUGGACUCAUCUGUAAAGUUUGUUCGCACGUGCAUUUGGAGAUCAAGUACAUCUUCCCUCCAUUUGCUGACAGAACUCGAGGGAGGAAUGGAAGAAAAUAUUGUAGAGAGUCGCCAUCACUUUUGGAUGUUGACGACUUUAGAUUUUCUGAUUCUUCCACAGUCCAUGAUUCUCCUGUUUAUGAAGAAGGAACAGUUUGGGAUUUAGUUCCGUCAAAUGCCAAAGCAACAAUGUUUCCUCAUCAACGUGGAGGAUUUGAGUUCAUGUGGAAAAAUAUUGCUGGAGAUAUAAUUCUUGAGAGACUGAGAGAGCCCCUAUCUGAUGGUAAGGGAGGAUGCAUAAUCUCACAUCCACCUGGAACCGGAAAAACCCGACUCACCAUAGUAUUUCUUCAGUCAUUUCUAAAGUUGUUUCCAAAGUGUCGGCCUGUAAUCAUUGCUCCUUCCAAUCUGCUUCUUAACUGGGAAACCGAGUUCCAUAAAUGGGAGGUGGACAUUCCCUUCCACAACUUGAACAACAAAGAUUUCUCUUUCCAGGAAGAUGAAGCUACUGCUAGUGUCUUCCACUGUUUAUCCCAAGCCGGAAGAAAAAAUCCACAGCUUAUACGUAUGGUGAAGCUGAGAUCCUGGGCUAAAAGUAAGAGUGUUUUGGGAAUCAGCUAUGACUUGUUCAGGAUUCUAACGGGAGGUGAUGGAGAUGGGUAUGCCAAAGAGAUUAGAGAAAUCCUUCUAAAAUUACCUGGUCUUCUGAUUCUUGAAGAAGGGCACACUGCUCGGAAUGAGCAAAGCCUUGUGUGGAAAGCUUUGAAAAAAGUUGAAACCGAGAAGCGCAUACUUUUGUCUGGUACUCCGUUCCAGAAUAACAUCAAAGAGUUGUACAAUACUCUCUAUGUAGUUAGUCCGAAGUUUGCUUCAGAUUUGGAGCAGAAAUGGGCUUCUCUUAGUAGUUCCAUUGACAAAAAUGCCCGAGCUUUGGAAGAGCUUAGGGAUAUUAUUUCACCAUUUGUUCAUAGAUGUAGUGAAAAUGUAAAGAAGGUAAGUCUUCCGGGUAUAAGGGAUACAGUGAUACACUUGAAGCCGACAGAUUUGCAGAAGGAAUUGCUUAAAAGAAUUCCAGAGAAUCCAGGCUCGUUUUACGAACAAAAUCUGGUGUCUCUGAUCUCCGUCCAUCCUUCAUUAGUGGCAAAGAGGAAGGAGUUCUCUGAGUCAGUAAGUCAUCUAAAAGAACAAAGAUGUCGGUUGGAUCCAGAUAUUGGAGUGAAAAUGAAAUUUGUUGUGGAACUAAUCAAACUCUGUGGUGGGCCGAAGGAGAGAGUUAUAAUAUUUAGCCAGUUACUUGAUCCUCUAAACCUGAUCAAGGAGCAACUCAAUUCUCUCUUCGGCUGGACUUUAGGCCGCGAGAUUCUCUAUAUGGAUGGGAAACUUGAUGUAAAGCAGCGACAGCUAUCAAUAAAUUCUCUUAAUGACCCUAACAGUGAUGUAAAAGUGCUUCUUGCAUCGAUAAAAGCAUGUUCGGAAGGAAUAAGUCUUAUAGGGGCCUCAAGAGUGGUUUUGCUUGACGUUCUCUGGAAUCCCUCAGUACAACAGCAAGCCAUCAGUCGAGCCUACAGAAAUGGUCAGACUAAAGUUGUGCAUGUUUACAAUCCAGUGAUAUCAAAAUGGGAGGUUGACAAGAUCGAACAACAGACAAGAAAAAAAUAUCAUUCAGAUGUACUUUUGUCUAGGAACGAAGUCAAGAUGGAUCCUUCACCUUCCGUUUCAGAGGAUGACAUACUAGAAUCCAUGGUUAAGCAUGAGGGCCUCCGUCAUAUUUUUGAAAAACUAUCUCAUGCACCAUGUACUACAUGA